GCAAGUCUCGUUUUUCGCAACCGCUCGUUAGCGGGCGAGGGGGGGCUAUAACAACACACACUAGCAAGCACACUCGCAGCCCGAGUACUGAUCUCGGGCAGCGCAGCGAGCUCGGGCAGCCCUCAGCCGGGCAGCGGCCAGGAGCUCAUCGCUCUUGGAAGCGGAGGACGAAGACGUCCGCGAGCGUCGAUGCGUCGAUACAGCAACAACCGAUGAGGCGCGUCGCACUCGCAGCACUCGUCCUACGGACCGCCUCCGCCUGGGACCCGCGCGCCGCCAACCGGGCGCUCGCGCUGCUCGAGAAGGACGGGCUGCGCUGCGCCGGCUAUUGUAAGGUAGGCCCCACCUGCACGCACAACCUGCACACGAACCGCACGUACCUGCCGCCCGCGUUCGUAGAAGGCGAGUCCGUGGCGCGCGGUCGCGCGCUGGGCGGGGCCCUGGACGAUUGGUGGUGCGGGCUCCCGGCGCACGAGGCCUUCCCGACGAGCUUCACGGUGGCCCCGGCGUCUCCCGUUUCCGCCGGUGCCUUCGGGGAGCCGCGGCGACGGUGUCGGGGCGGUCCCAGAGGAAGUGCCGCGGUCCACCGCGACGGCGCGCCUUCGGCUCGAUGGCGUGGAGGCGAACGCGCACCGUCACACACGCACGGCGGCCGCUCGAUGGCGUGGAGAAGAGGACCCAACGACGCACAGGUCGGCAAGACGCUCGGCGCGCUCGCGGCCGCGCAGGCCUUCGCGCUCGCCGACUCGCGGCGCUUCCGGCGCGCGGCGGUCGCGGCGCCGGCGCGCGUGGACUACGGGGCCGCGGCGGCCGCGUUCGCCCGGGCGCAGCGCGGGACCGGCAAGUUCGCGGCGAACUGUCCCGGGCCGGGGGAACCGGACGCGCGCGCGCUUUGGCGCGGCGCGCCGCCGGCCGCGUGCGCGGAGGCGGCAGCCGUGCCCCGGCCGCUCGCGGCGCGCCUCGACGCGCUGGCGGUCGGGCCCCGGGACGUCUUCCCCCACCACGGCCACCAGCUCCGCUCCGUGGGGAAAUCAACCGUGACAGUUCUCCACCCGCGUCGUCGCCGGCGAAGUCGCGCGGUGAGGGGCCCGCAUCGCCACGCAGUCGCGCGGACGUCGCGUCGAUGGCGCGGAGGUCGACGCGCCGAUUCGCCACGAAGGCGCCGGGAAAUGUUAUAUCCCCAUAGGCUGCUCUGGUGGCUCCUGUCGUCGUAUUGGGCGGUGACGCGCGGCUGGUCGCGCUGCGGCGCCGGGCUCAUCGACGCGCGCCUCGGCCGCGUCGUGGCGCGUGGGCCGCCGGCGGCCGCGCCGCCGGCCGGAGACGCGCCGCGCGGCGUCCGGAGCGUCGGCGUCCACGUCCGUCGCGGCGACGCGUGCGAGAGUUGGGCCGUUCGCGCGGGCGGCCAGCACAAGCGUCCCGCGGAGCGGCCCUGCUAUCCGUCCCGUUUAUACGUCGCGGCCGUCGAGACGCUCGUCGCCGAAUACCCGACGAUCUCGACGGUCGUCGUCGCCUCGGACGCGCAAGACGCCGUCCAGGACCUAGUGACGGCCCUGACGCCGCGCGGGCUGUGCGGACGCGGCGUCCCGUCGACGUCCCUUUCGACGCCAUCGGCGCGUCGCAGGCGGGUGGCGUUCCUCGAGGCGAACCGCACGAAGUACGCCGCGGCGCGCUUCAUCGAGGAGCGGCGCUUCCGUCCGGAGGCGGCGCUGGACGUGACCCUGGACAUCGCCGCGGACCUGCGCUUGCUGGCGCGGGAGGCCGACGCCUUCGUGGGCACGGCCGUGUCGUGGGUGUCGCGGCUCGCGCUGCUGGCGAGCCUCCGCGCCGCGAUCAUCGUGUCGAACGCGCCCGACUCACUGGUCGAUUUCCACGCAGGCGAUCGGCGGCGGCGCCGCGAGCGAGCGGGGCAAGCUGCCGGGCCUGCCGCCGUACGUGCUCCUGGACCGGCCCUACCGCGCGGUCACGUGGGAAACGGAGCGGGGCGGGUGGCACUGCCGGGCGCCGGGCGUCCCCCACUAGUAAAAAAACCGAUUUAGAGGAGCAA